AUGCGACGAAUAAGGUGCAUGUAUACAUUGGUUUCCUCAUCCUAUAAAGAUGUUCCAUAUUUGGAUGUCGAAAGUUGGAAAGAGAUUAGAAUAGAACCAAUGAAAAUUUUCACUACUAUAAAGAUAUGUGAUUAUCACUUUGAAUUAAAUUACAUAAGUACAGGUCAUCAUAUAAUCUUAACAGCUGUUCCAACUUUGUAUCUUGAAGAUAAACCGACGAAAUAUGAUACUACCCUAAGAAUUAGAAGUUGUUACAAAACCAUGCGAGAAAACUUAAAUUUUAAUUAA